CGUUGGUCGCGCUCUGGUGAAUACGAAGAACGGCGGCAGCCAAAAAAGCAAGCUGAGCGCUUGGACCCCUUGCCUAUGACAUGAUGGCUACCCGCCGUCGCAAUGUUCCAGAAUAUUCCGACCUGGCUAAAGGAACAUCUGCGCAAACAACCAGCAACGACCGUUCAAGAAGCGCAGUUCUCGAAUCGCGACUCAAUCGUGCGCACAUUAAUAAUUUAAUACCAAAUCUACGGGAAUAUGGCCAAAAAGUGCGUCCACAAGGGCUGCGGCAAGACGUACGAGGACGACCAGGAAGAGUGCAUCUACCACCCGGGCCCGCCAGUCUUCCACGAGGGGCAGAAAGGCUGGAAAUGCUGUAAACCCCGCGUCCUGACAUUUGACGAGUUCCUCGCAAUCGAGCCGUGUACACAGGGCACGCAUUCCGAGGUGGACGAUACGCCUGCGCCCGAGCCCGUCGAGACGCCCGAUGUGCCCAAUGGCACAGAGGUCAACCUGGGGUCGCUGGACGAGUCGCUGCCGCCGCCCGCGCCCCGCGUCCCGACUGCACAAGCUGCCGCACCCAAGCCAGCGGGCUCGCCUGCGCCGCCGCCAGAAUCCGAGGACGACGACGCGAGCAUAGCGCUCAAGGAGGGCAUGACGUGCAGGCGGAAGGGAUGCGGCGCCCUGUACAAGGGAGGCGACAGGCAGGGCGAGAGCUGUGUAUAUCAUGCGGGGGCGCCCAUAUUCCACGAGGGCAGCAAGGGCUGGAGUUGUUGUAAGAGGCGGGUGCUGGAGUUUGACCAGUUUAUGAAUAUCGAGGGCUGCAAGACAAAAGACAGGCAUCUGUUUGUCGGCAGUGGCAAGAAGAAGGAGGGCGAGGAGAAGCUGGAGACUGUUCGACACGACUUUUACCAAACAGCCACGUCGGUGGUCGCAUCUCUUUACCUCAAGAAGAUUGACAAGGCGACGGCAACGGUGGAUUUCCAGUCUACGUGUGUGAAGCUCGAUCUGCCCACAAGCGAUAGCAAGCGGUACCAGACCGAGUUCCCCUUGUUCGCGGCCAUCAAGCCCGAAGAGAGCAAGUUUCGGAUUCUCGGCACCAAGCUCGAAAUGACGCUUGUCAAGGCCGACGGGGCUAGCUGGCCCGUCUUGAGGAGCGACGACAAGCCGACAGGCGAGAUGAUACAGGUUGGCCGGGCUGGAAGGGCAUAAGAAGUAUCCAGUUGGGCACUGCGCGCAACGAGGGCACAAUGGCUGCAUGCAUAGAAUAUAGCUACUGCAAAACGAAGUUACGAUGUUUCUCUGAUGUCCCC